GGCAUGCUCAUUCCUGCUCGGCCGCUGGAGGCCUGCGGGACUGCGCGGGUGCCUUGUGUGUAAGUGUGGAAUAGCGGGGGCCCAGGAGGUGUUUAUUCUGCGGAGUGAAGUAGUGCACCAGACAGACAGGACUCUCAUGAACAGUCAGUGACACCAGAGCAAUUGGCAGAGUGGAGAGAAAAAAUGACCUUUUCAUGAACUUCUAUGAAGAAUGCAAAUGAGCAAGGUUUGAGCUUCAAUGCUUUUGUCCAUGAAAACUCUUAGAGAAGAUGGCUGAUGUAAGCCUGAAGGAAGCAGCACUGAUAGUUGGUGUGGUGGCAGCCUGCUACUGGAACAGUCUCUUUUGUGGCUUUGUUUUUGAUGACGUUUCAGCGAUUUUGGACAAUAAAGAUUUGCAUCCUUCUACUCCAUUAAAAAAUCUUUUUCAAAAUGACUUCUGGGGCACUCCCAUGUCUGAGGAGAGGAGUCACAAAUCUUACCGUCCCCUUACAGUUCUUACGUUUCGCUUAAACUACUUGUUCAGCGAAUUAAAUGCAGUUUCGUACCACUUUCUAAAUCUGGUCUUUCAUGUGGUGGUUUGCAUAGUCUUCCUCAAAGUCUGUAAGCUCUUUCUGGACAACAGGAGCAGCAUAGUUGCAUCCUUGCUCUUUGCAGUGCACCCAAUACAUACGGAAGCGGUAACUGGAGUUGUGGGCAGAGCAGAGCUUUUAUCAUCUAUUUUUUUCCUAGCUGCUUUUUUGUCAUAUACAAAAUCUAAAGGGCCGGAUAAUACCAUAGUGUGGACUCCAAUUGCAGUGACUGUGUUUCUAGUAGCUGUUGCAACACUGUGUAAAGAACAAGGAAUAACAGUGGUUGGAAUAUGCUGUGUGUAUGAAGUAUUUAUUGCUCAAGGGUACACCUUGCCAACGCUGUUGGAUACAGCUGUACAGAUUCUUCGAGGGAAGGGCAGUAUUCCUUUCUCUAUGCUCCAAACACUGUUGAAGCUCAUAGUCCUAAUGUUCAGUACACUGCUGCUUGUAGUUGUCAGAGUCCAGGUUAUCCAGUCUCAACUUCCAGUGUUUACAAGGUUUGAUAACCCAGCUGCUGUUAGUCCAUCCCCAGCAAGACAGCUGACUUUCAACUACCUCCUCCCUGUAAAUGCUUGGCUUCUUCUCAACCCCUCAGAACUAUGCUGUGACUGGACAAUGGGAACUAUUCCUCUUGUGGAGUCUUUGUUAGAUGUUAGAAAUGUUGCCACCCUGACCUUCUUUUGCUUUCUGGGAGCUUUGAUUGUCUUCAGUCUCCGAUAUCCUGAUAAUUCCUCCAAGACAGUAUUGAUGGCGCUCUGCUUAAUAGUGCUACCAUUCAUUCCUGCAUCAAACCUGUUUUUUCCUGUUGGAUUCGUAGUAGCAGAACGAGUGUUGUAUGUUCCUAGCAUGGGAUUCUGCAUUUUAGUAGCCCAUGGAUGGAGGAAAUUAUCAAAUAAAAGCAUGCUAAGAAAAAUUUCUUGGGUUUGUUUGGCUGCGGUACUAUUCACUCAUGCCUUAAAAACACUGCACAGGAACUGGGAUUGGGAGUCGGAGUACACGUUAUUUAUGUCAGCUUUAAAGGUAAAUAAGAAUAAUGCAAAACUAUGGAACAAUGUGGGGCAUGCAUUAGAAAAUGAAAAGAACUUUGAAAGAGCUUUGCAGUUUUUCAUACAGGCCACACAAGUGCAACCAGAUGAUAUUGGUGCCCACAUGAAUGUAGGAAGAACUUACAAGAACCUAAACAAAACUAAAGAAGCUGAAGAAUCAUAUAUGAUUGCUAAAUCAUUGAUGCCACAGAUUAUUCCAGGUAAAAAGUAUGCAGCAAGAGUUGCUCCUAACCAUCUGAACGUUUAUAUCAAUCUUGCAAACUUAAUUCGAGCAAACGAAUCUCGCCUUGAGGAAGCAGAUCAGUUGUAUCGACAGGCAAUUAGUAUGAGGCCGGAUUUCAAGCAGGCUUACAUCAGCAGGGGAGAAUUACUUUUAAAAAUGAACAAACCUCUGAAAGCUAAGGAAGCUUACCUUAGAGCUCUAGAACUAGACAGAACCAAUGCAGACCUGUGGUACAACUUGGCAAUUGUUUACAUUGAACUGAAAGAUCCAGCGGAAGCUCUGAAGAAUUUCAACCGAGCGCUAGAACUCAACCCAACGCAUAAACUGGCGUUAUUCAACUCAGCACUGCUAAUGCAGGAAUCUGGUGAUGCUCGGCUUAGACCUGAAGCUAAACAAAGACUGUUACAUUAUGUGAAAGAAGAACCCCAGGAUGCAAAUGGAUACUUCAAUUUGGGUAUGCUGGCAAUGGAUGAUAAAAAAGAUAUGGAAGCAGAGGCAUGGAUGAAGAAAGCCAUAAGGUUACAGCCAAACUUCCGAAGUGCUUUGUUCAAUUUGGCCCUGCUUUAUUCUCAGACAGCAAAAGAAUUGAUGGCUUUGCCCGUCUUGGAAGACCUAUUGAGAUACUACCCUGAUCAUACCAAAGGUCUGAUUUUGAAAGGAGAUAUCCUUAUGAACCAAAAGAAGGAUAUCGUUGGAGCAAAAAUGUGUUUUGAAAAAAUUUUGGAAUUGGAUCCCAACAAUGUACAAGGAAAGCAUAAUCUUUGUGUGGUUUAUUUUGAAGAACGAGACUUAAUAAAGGCAGAAAAAUGUCUGGUUGAAACACUAGCACUGGCACCUCAUGAAGAAUAUAUUCAGCGUCAUCUAAACAUAGUUAGAAGUAAAAUUGCAUCGCUCGGUGCUAUGGAACAGUCAUCACUUCCAUCAGAGGGAACUGCAGCUGCAGAAGAAAAAAAAAAAUCAUUUCAGAAUUUGAAAGAAGUAAAAAAUGAGAAGACAACCACCCAAUCAGCAGUUGAUAACAAUAAAGAACACUCAAAAAAUAAGAAACUAACAGAGAAAAACAGUGUAGACAAAGAGACUCCCAAAAAAUCUACAAAAGAAAUCAAAGACAUUGAGAAAAAGAGAGUUGCUGCUUUGAAAAGACUCGAAGAGAUUGAACGUAUAUUAAAUGGUGAAUAGACUUUAUCAUGUCACAAAAGAAUAAGGGGAGAAUACUAUUUUUAAUUAUUGUUUAAUUUGUAAGCCAAUUGGAAAGUGUUCUCAGUGCUUUGAAAAUAGAAAUAAUGUUGACUGCAUAUCAGUUAUCAAGCAGCAAAAGACAUUACAAUGCUCUGUGUGAGAAAACUGCAACUUUUAAAUAUGAUGGAGGGAUGGGUGGGAAUCAAAGGAUAAAAGGUUGAGAAUAAUCUUCAAUGCAGGACCCUAAAAGUGAGGAAAUAGCACUCAUAAAAAUCAUUGGUAGUCAGGGAUAUUAAGUAAUGCUACUUUCAAAGAAUCAGUGGAAGAGCUGAAUGGAGAAUUACCAGGAUAAGCCAGGCACUGCUUCUUUCCCCCAUACAGAUCUCUUUGUACUAACAUUAUCUACAUUUUGGUUUACACAUCAUCAGUUGAAAUUUUUCUAGACCUCUGUUACACAAGAAAAACUGUUUUUCUUUGUGUUAUUUGUUUCCAGAACUUAACAAAAAGUCAUCAAAACGCCACUGACUGUAGUAUAGGAAGAUGCAACAACACACUAAAACUUUCAAUUGCAUUCUAAAUAUGGAAUUAUAUAAUAACUUUUUAGAUGUUCUUUACUUACAAUGCUAAUGGUUUUUAAUCUUUUACCUGAUAUGAAAUCUUAUGGUGCUCUUAACAUCUUUAGACAAAGCUUUUUCUUUUAAAAGAAAUGUGUUGUUUUUCUUCAACUGUCAAUCAUGUAAAAUUAUACUAAAAAGGAUGGGUUUGUCACUUUUCCCCAGUUCAUUGAAUUCUGAUAAAUGCACUUUGGUACAGUAACCAGUAUGCUAUGCAGUAGUCCUUGUUGACUUUGUAUCAAUGGCUGUGGAUUGACUCCUUAGUGUAGUAAAUUCUUCCUUGUUUUAUCUGGUUUUACUAUUUCUGCCAUUGGAACAGAAUUUCUAUUCUCAUGACUUUUUACAACACUAAUAUAAGCAAUGAUUGCUGAAGGAAGUGUGAUAAUAAUUAAGCCAACUGAACUUAGCAAUGUUUAACACAAGGCAAUGUAGGUAGUGUCCUUUCAAAUACUGAGUUUUGUUGUUUUGAUACUUUGUCUUGGGUGUGUGGUUUUUAUUAAAUAUUUAUUUUGACUACUAAAA